AUGUCAUCUUCACCCGACCCUACUGAUGCAAAGACAGAGCCUCCCAAGAGUGCAGGUUACAAAAGUCCAGAAUUGAGAGGAAUCCGAACUACCAGCCUUUUCCGAGCAGUGAAUCCAGAGCUCUUCAUUAAACCUAAUAAACCUGUAAUGGCUUAUGGACUGCUGACCAUAACACUGUGUGUGAGUUACAUUGCUUAUUUGAACGCCACAGUAGAAAACAAGGCACAGUUAUAUGAAGCAAUUGAUAGUGAAAGAACAAGAUAA